AUGGAGGAGCGGGAUGAAGCGCAACGAGCGGCCAAGGCGAUAUUUGAGGAGAAACGAGACCUCGAGGCUGUGCACGAGCGGUUGCUGGAGGAGUACGAGGAGAAGGAGAUGGAACUGGAGGAGGCGAUGGCAGCCAGGGACGCGGAGGUCAACCGACGGAAGCAACUCGAGAACGCAUUGGCGGUGGCGGAAGGGAAGGACGGAGACGGAUGGCGGCGUCUGCAGAGGGAGCAGCAGCUGCAGGAGCAGGUGCAGGCGCUAAGGCGGGAGACGGCGGGGUUGAAGCGACAGGUGGAGGAGGCGAAAUGGCGCGAGGAGGAGACGAAGGAGAAGCUGAAGGAGUGCCAGAACAAGCUGGAGCAGGCUGCUGCGUGGAGGCGCAAGUGGGAGGCAGCAGAGAGGGAGCUGGGCGAGGCGAGGCAGGAAAUGGCUCGCCUGGAGGCUGCUUCGUGGAGGCGCAAGUGGGAGGUGGCGGAGAGGGAGCUGGGCGAGGCGAGGCAGGAGCUGGCUCGCCUGGAGGUGCAGCAGCGACGCCUGCCGCACAUGGAGAAGCAGCUGCAGGUGAGUCUCUCCACAGGGUAUGCAUUUGCUCCUCGCACGGGGUACGGGAGUCGUCCUUGGCAAGGCGCAACUGCAGCAGGCAUUUGCUGGCUCUCCCAGGAGCAAGAGCUGGCUCGCCUGGAGGUGCAGCAGCGGCGCCUGCCGCACAUGGAGAAGCAGCUGCAGGUGAGUCUCACUGCAGCGUGUAGGCAUGGACCGCGCACAGGUAUGGUUGCCCCCUCUCUCAAGGCUAUGUAUAGCAGGGACGGGCAGGUUCCUACGUCCAGUGGAGCAGGAGCUGGCUCGCCUGGAGGUGCAGCAGCGACGCAUUCCGCACAUGGAGAAGCAGCUGCAGGUGAGUCUCAUCACGGGAACCUAAAGGGGGAGGUGGAGCGGUGGAGAGGCAAGACGGAGGAGGUGGAGCGAGAGGCGGAGGAGCAGAGGACGAGAGCCAAGGUGCUGGAGGUCAAGAAGACGACUCUUGAAGAGCUCGUGGCUUCCCUGACGAAGGAAGAUAGAGACGAAGAGGACUGUGAGGGCAGGGGGGGAGAGGAAACAGAGGCGGAGAAGGCGGAAGAGGCGGAAGAGGAGGAGGAGGAUGAGGAGGAGGAGGAGAAACGGAAGGACGAGCAGGUGAAUCAGCAGCUGCAGGUGCUGAAAGAGGCGUUCCAGGAGUUUGAAGGGAUCAGGUGCUCGUGUGAUGAAACAGCUUCUGCAGAAACAGCCUAUGGGGUGCCUCAACAGCAGUGUGAAGGCAUGAACGCGCCUGAUCCCCCCCACUCCGCCUCCGCCUCCACCCCCGCCCCCGCCCCCGCCCCGUCCCCAGCACCCGUGGUUGGGGGUGCACUAUCUGGGUACCAGAUAGGCUCGCCAGGGGCGUGGGGAAGGCUGAGUAUGACGGCAGGAAAAGAGAGUCUGGCCGGGGCAGGGAGUGUGGGAACGACGGGGAGUGUGGGGAGUGUGGGAUACGGACAGAAUGAGGAGGCGGGGAGGGUGAUCAAGAGCCUGCAAUCGAAGGUGCGCGCGGCGCUGCGCGAGAGGGACGCGGGGAGGGUGGAGUGCGCGCGGCUGGGUGAGAUGGUGGCGGGGCUGCGGAGGGACCUGGCGCGGGCGGAGGAGGCGGCAGGGAAGGCGGGGGCAGAGGCGGUGGAGGUGCAGAGGCAGCUGCUGCAGGCGAAGGAAGAGCAGAAGGCAGAGGCGGAGGCUCUGCUGGUGGAGAGGGAGCAGCGGGCGGCGCAGCUGAUGGCAGCAGAGGGAGCUCGGCUGGAGGGGGAGAAGGAGAAAGCCCUGCUCGCCGCGGACCUCUCUUCCACCAGGGCGGAGGUCUCCCGCCUGGAGAGGAGCAUGGCAGAGUCAGAGAAGCUGUCCAAGCAGUGGUUAUCCUCGCUACAAGCAGAACUCGCUGUGGUUAAAACGGAGCUGGAGCGCAAGGAGCGCAAGCUGGAAGAAGCUACACUCGAGUUGAACGUAAAGUUUAGGGAGUGCGAGAGGAUGGAGAGGGCCUGGGAGAAGCAGCAGGAGGCUUGGAACGGAGAGGCGCAAGAGGCAGCGGUGCAGCUCGUUUCAGCGCGGUUGGACCUGGCUGGUUGCGGUUUUGAGAGGAGUGAGGCCGAGAGGGAGUGGGAGGAGGAGAAGAGGGCAAGGGAGGAGGAGUGGGCGGGCAGGGAGAAGGAGUGGGAUGGGGAGAAGCUGAGGUGGAUCAAGGAGCAGCUGACGUGGGCAGCAAAGGAGCGAGCAUGGGCGAAGGAAGCAGAUGAGCAGAGGGAGCACGUGGCAUGGCUUGAAGCGAGCCUGUCCGGGGUAGAGCAGGAGAAGCAGGAGCUGAUGCAGGCUAAGAAAGAGGCGGAGCAGGAGCGAGAGGAGGUGGAGAUGGAGAGGGAGGAACUGGAGCAGGAGAGGAGGCGAUUGGAAGGGGUGGUGGUUGCUCUGCGGGACGAGGGUCAGAGACUGGCGCAGGAACUUGAAGAGGUACGAAAGCAGGCGGAGGAGGAGCGGGAGCAGGCGGAGGCGGAGCAGCAGGCAGCGCAGCAGGCGAUGCAUGCGGCCCAGCAGGAGUGGGAACAGAAGGAGGAGCAAUGGGGUGGGAAGGAGAGCAGCUGGUCUUCUCAGCUAGAGGAGUGGGUGCGGAAGGAGAAGCAGUGGGCGGGCUGUGAGGCGCAGAUGGCCGCUCAGGUGGGCAGCUUGGAUGAGGAGAUCACUGGGCUGAAAGUGGCACACGCAGCCGAGCAGCAGGCAUGGGCGGAGAAGCAGUGCAGGUGGGCGUCUGAGGUAGAAGAAUGGACGCGGAAGGAGCAGCAGUGGUCGGGCUGUGAGGCGCAGAUGGCAGCUCGUGUGAGGUGCUUGGAUGAGGAGAUUACUGGGCUGAGGGAAGCGCGAGCAACCGAGCAGCAGGCAUGGGCAGAGAAGGAGAGGCAGGAGCAGGGACGAGUAGCCUCUCUGGUAGAGCAGUGGGGACAGAAGGAAGAGCAGUGGGGGCAGAAGGAAGAGCAGUGGGAGGCGGAGAGGAGGGAACUGGUCGGGAAGGAAGAGGCGCUCUCUGCUCAGACUACGGUUUUGACUGACGAGUUGGCUGUUGUGAGACAGUCAUUUGCGGAGGAGCAGCAGCAGUGGGCGGAAGAAAAGGGGGAGCUUGCUGCUGCACAUGAGGCGCUGUCUGCUCGGGCUAUGCUACUGGCUGAAGAGUUGGCUGCUGUGAAGCGGGCUUACGCGGAGGAGCAGCAGCAGUGGGCGGUUAAGGGGAAUGAAUGGAGGGCGAGGGAGCAGGAGUGGGAGGUGCUGGGGCAGCAGCAGAGGGUGCGGCUGGGGGAAAUGGAGACCGCGUUGGAGUGUGUUAAGGCAGAGAAGGCUGCUGUGGAGGAGAGGGCGGGAGACGUUAGGCAGGAGAGGGAGCGGCUGACGAGGGCCAUUGAUGUUCUGGAGGGCGAGAGGCAGGAGCUGAUCACAGCCGUUGAUUCGCUGGAGAUGGAGCGGGUGGCGGAGCGGGAAGAGUGGGGAGAGAAGGAAGAGGAAUGGAAGAAGGAGCAGGUGAUGCAGGAGGAGCAGAUGAGGGAGCUUCAGGGGAUGUUAGAAACGGUGCAACAGGAGAGUUUGCAGCAGAGGAGGGAGUGGGAAGGUAAGGAAGGGAAGUGGCUGGCGAAGGAGCAAGAGUGUCAGGAGAAGGAGCUGGCGUGGCAUUGCAGGGAGGGAAUUCUGGGUGAGGCUCUUGCAGCAAUGGAAGAGGAGUUGUGCGCUGUGAAGGGAGACCUGAUGGCGAAGGAGCAGACGGUAGCAGCAGCUGAGCAAGAGCUGUGUGCUGUGAGGGAAGACCUGGCAGCGAAGGAGCAGACGAUUGCAUGCUGGCAGGAGAAGGAGCAGGCUUGGUUUUGUAGGGAGGGCAUUCUGGGUGAGGCUCUUGCAGCAGCAGAGGAAGAGCUGUGUGCGGUGAAGGGAGGUAUGACAGCAAAGGAGCAGCAGUGGGUGGAGAAGGCGGGGGUGAUGGAUGAACAGUUGGCAGAUCUGCAGCAGAAUCUGGCAGCAGCUCAGGCUGACGUGGACAUGGCUAACGUUGAGCUGGCGGCAGUGAGGAAUGAGCUGGCAGAGAGGGACCAGGAGCUGGUGGUGACGGAGCAGAGAUGGGCUGAGAAGGAGGCGGCAUGGGAGGAGAAGAGGGUAACGCUAGAGGGGAGGGUGACUGAACUCGAAGGGAGCAUUGCACGCAUGGAAGAAGAGAGAUCAGAUAUGCUGCGUGAGAUGCAAUCCCAGCAGGAGGAAUGGGCGCAGAAGGAGCAGCAGCUGCUGCUGGUGCAGCAGCAGCAGCAGGAGUCGGCUGCAGGUGCCUUCUCAGCUGCAGAGGCAGCAAGGGAAGAGGCAGAGGUGCAGGGACAAGCCUGGUUGGGUCGGGCAGAAGCAGCAGAGAAGAGAGAAGAGGGUCUGAAAAAGGAGAUGGAUGGCUUGGUUAAGGAAGCAGCGGCAAGGCACCAGAGAGUAGUGAGGGACUUGACUGAGGCGCGUGGGAAGCUGGAUAGCGUGAAUGCGCGGUUGAUUGCGGUUCUGGGGGAGAGGGAUGGGUUGAAACGGGAGCUGGAGGGCGUUAGGAGGGAGUUUGGGAGGGAGAGGGACGGGUGGGUGAAGGAACGGGCGGUUCUGGAGGAGAAGGUGAGGGGUUUGGAGGAGAAUGGGAGGGGUUUGGAGGAAAAAGUGACGGGUCUGGAGGAGAAAGUGAGGGGUUCGGAGGAGUCAAAUGCGCAGCUGAGAGCAGCAGUAUCCCAGUUGCAGGGGCAGAAGGUGGCAUUGGAGGAGACGGUGGGAAAGCUGAGGGAUCUGAAUGUGGAUCUUGAGCAGGCGAACGGGCAGCUGAUGGGAGGCAAUGUGCAAUUAGAGGCGAGUGUCGGGCAGCUUAGAUCGGCUAACGGGCAGCUGAAAGCAGCAGUGGCGCGGUUGGAGGGGGAGAAGGGGGCGGUAGAGGCGGAGAAGGCGGAAAGGGAGACGGAGUGGGAGGCGGAGAGGGAGGGGAUGGAGAGGGAGAAGGGGAGGUUGGUGGGGGAGAGGGAGAGGCUUGUGGGGGUGAAUGCGCAGUUGAAGGCUGCUGUGGGGAGGUUGGAGGGGGAGAAGGGGGAGGCGGAGUGUGGGAAGGCGGAAGCAGAGGCGGAGUGUGCGGAGCUGAAGGGGGAGAGGGCGGAGCUGGUGGUUGAAGUGCGUGCGUUAAAGGAGACAGUGAGUGGGUUGGAGGAUGAGAAGAGGGAGGUGGAGAGGCAUUACGAGGAGCUGACGAACGAAGUGUGUGUACUGAAGGAGGCUGUGUGUGGGUUGGAAGCGGUAAGAGAUGGGUUGGAGGAGCAGAACAGGGAGGUGGAGAGGAAGAACGAGGAGCUGCUUGGGGAGAGGGAGCGGCUGAAGGGCGAACUGGCACAGGCUCUGUCAGAGAAGGGAGAGGUUGACGCGGAGAGGGAGGAGUUGCAGACAGAACUGGGACAGGUGCUUUCGGAGAAGGGAGGGGUUGAAGCAGAGAGGGAGCAGCUGAAGGGCGAAUUGGCACAGGCUCUGUCGGAGAAGGGAGAGGUGGAAGCAGAGAGGGCGGAGCUGCAGCAAGCACUGGGACAGGCGCAGACAAAGACAGGGCAACUCGAAGCCGAGAGGGAGCAACUGCAGGCAGGUAUGGGUGAGUUGGAGAGGGAAAUUGGCCAGCUGAGGGCGGAAGGAGCGGCUUUGACUGCAGCGAAGGGAGCUUUGGAGGAGGAGCGAGUGGUGCUGCUGUCUGGUGCGGCUGAAAUGAAGGCAGAAAUCGAGCAGCUGAGAACUGAAGGAGCAGCUUUGGCUGCAGCGAAGGGAGAUUUGGAGGAGGAGCGGGUGGUGCUGUUGGCUGGUGCGGCUGAGAUGAAGAGAGAAAUCGAGCAGGUGAAGUCUGAGUAUGAGGCCCUAAAUGCAGCUAAGAAGGGGUUGGAGAGAGAGAGGGAGAGGCUGGAAGCUGAGAGAGAGAGUUUGCUGGCUGAGAGGGAGGGACUUCUGGGUGACAAGGCUGGGCUGGAGAAGGAUAGGAACAGAUUGCUAGAGGAGCGGGAGGUGCUUCAGCAUGAGAAGAGUGAGUUGGAGGAGAGGGUGGAGAGGGCUGAGAGGAAAGUAGAAGCAGGGAAGCAGGAGAGGGGAAGGUUGGAAGAGAGGGUGGUGGUCUUGGCAGGGGAGGGAGAGGAGCUGACUGUGAAGGUUGGGGAGCUUGAAGCUGAGAGGAGCGGAUUACUUGAGGAGCGGGAUAUGCUUCAGAAGGAGAAGGUUGAGUUGGAGGAGAGGGUGGCUGCCUUGACAGCAGAGGGAGAGGAGCUGACAGUGAAGUUAGGGGAGCUUGAACUUGAAAGGGCUUAUUUGAUGGACCAGACAGGAGGGCUGAUCAGGGAGAAGGAGGUGCUGACUGGUGAAAAGGAGAGAUUGGUGGAGGGGAAGGCAGCAGUUGAAGCUGAGAGGGAUGGGCUGAAGGUACAGUUAGGGGAGAUGGAAAUAGAGAGGGCGGGUCAUGUGGAGCAUAUUGGGUCUCUCCAGGCAGAUAAGGGGUUGCUGAUGGGUGAGAGGGAGGAGCUGGUAAAGCAGAAGGCAGCAGUGGAGGCUGAGAGGGAUGGGCUGCAGGUGAAGAUAGGGGAGCUGGAGGUUCAGAGGGAGGAACUGGCAGUGAAGCACAGGGAGCUGGAAGGUGAGAGGGCUCGUCUGAUAGAGCAGAUCGGAGAUUUGAACAGAGAGAAGGAUGUGCUGAUGGGUAAGAGGGAGGAGUUGGUGGAGGAGAAGGCAACAGUGGAGGCUGAGAGGGAUGGGCUGAAGGUGAAGCAAGGGGAGCUUGAAGCUGAGAGGGCGGUUCUUGUAGAGCAAAUUGGGUGCUUGCAGGCAGAUAAGGGUGUGCUGAUGGGUGAAAAGGAGGAGUUGAUGGAGGAGAAGGAAGCAGUGGAGUGUGAGAGGGAUGGACUGAAGGUGAAGCAAGAGGAGCUUGAAGCUGAGAGGGCGGUUCUUGUGGAACAGAUUGGGUGCUUGCAGGCAGAGAAGGGUGUGCUCGAGGCGACGGUGGGAAGGCUGCAAUGGGAAUGGACAGAGCUUCAAGGACAGCUUGAUUCGUUACAAGGGGAGCAUGACUCGUUACAGGGAGAGUUUGAUUCGCUGCAAGGAGAGUUCGGUGCACUGCAGCAGCAGAAGGUGGGCGUGGAAGCGGAGAGGGCAGAGCUGCAAGACAAGGCUCGUGCUCUGGAGGAGAGGCGAGCAGAUUUGGAAGGAGAGAAGGCCGUUUUGGAGGGAGAGAAGGCCGUUUUGGAGGGAGAGAAGGCCGUUUUGGAAGACGUGGUGCGAGGUCUGAGAAGCGAGAAGGAGUCAGUUGAGAGUGCUAACUGCGAGCUCAGGGCCUCCCUGAGCGAAAUUGGAAGCACUGUGCAGCAACUAGAGAAUGCAGUGGAGGAGCGGGAGGGUGCUGUGAGGAGGCUGGAAGGGACUGUGCUGCAGCUAGAGCAGUCAUUGGAGGAGAGGGAGGGCGCUAAUUGCGAGCUCAAAGCAUUGCUGAGCGAGAUUAGGAGCACUGUGGCGCAGCUAGAGAAUGCACUGGAGGAGCGGGAGGGUGCUGUGAGGGCUUUGGAGGGCACAGUGCAGCAGCUGGAGCAGAAAUUGGAGGGCACUAACUGCGAGCUUGAGGCCUUGGUGGAGGAGAGUAGGAGCACGGUGCAGCAGCUGAAGGAUGCACUGGAGGAGAGGGAGGGUGCUGUGAGGAGGCUGGAAGGGACUGUGCAGCAGCUGGAGCAGACGUUGGAGGAGAAGGAGGGCGCUAAGUGUGAGCUCGAGGUGUUGGUGAAGGAGAGUAGGGGCACUGUGCAGCAGCUGAAGCAUGCAUUGGAAGAGAAGGAGGGUGUUGUGAGGAGGUUGGAAGGGGCAGUGGAGGAACUGGAGGGGGAGCGGAAGGCAGGAGAGGAGGAGAUGAGUGCGAUGAAGGUGGAGCAAUCAGAGCUAGAGGCUUCCCUGCUGCAGCGGCAAGUGCGACAGGUGGAGCUGGAAAGUAGCCUGCAGGAGAUGAAAGGAGAGAAGGAGAAGUUUGAAUCACGGCUGCAGGAGGCACAGCAGGUGCAGCAGGAAAUGCAGCAGCAGCUGCAGAGGAAGGAGGAGGAGAUGAGAGGCCAGCAUGAGGAGUGGGCGCAGGUGGAGAAGAGAUGGGAUGCAGAGAUGAGGGAGAAGGAAGCUGCGUGGAAGGAGCUGGAGGGGAGGCUGAGGGGAGAGGUAGUGGAGAGGGACGGGCAAGUGGGGAGGCUGAAUGGGCAGGUGGAGGGACUUGAGGGGCAGAUGAGGAAGGAGAGAGAGCGUGUUGUUGCUCUGAGUGCAGAGGUGAACGGGCUUCUGGAGGUGAAGGGGCAGUUAGAGAUGCAGAGGGAAGGGGAUGUGAGGGAGAAGCAGCAGCUGGGAGAGAGAGUGGAUGUUUUGGAACAGAGGCAGCAGGAGAUGGAGCAGAGAAUUCAACAGGAGAGAGAGCAGCUGCAGGAGAGCCAGAAGCAGCUUCAGGCUAUGGAGAACCAGCUUAUGGGCAAGGAGAAGCACAUGAAGGUGGCAGAGCAGCAGCUUCGGGCCGAACGUGAGAGGAUGGCUCGGGAGCAGCGACUGAUUUCCCAAGCCUUGUUUGAUGCUAACCUGGAGCUCAUGCAUCGAUCAAAGGGCUCUUCUUGA